AUGGCGUUCGCUGCAACACUUCUCCUGGGACUCAGCCAGCUUCAAGCUGUGACUGCUGUCAGCUCUUUGAACAUUGACACAACUUCCGGACUAGUUCAGGGCUUUACUGAUGACAUCACGCCAAAUGUUGCACAGUACCUCGGUAUACCGUUUGCGGAACAGCCCGUAGGAGCACGACGCUGGCUGCCUCCAGCCCCAAAGUCUAAAGAAAAUGCAACCAUCAAGGCGACCGAUCUAGGACAUGCUUGCCCCCAAUUUGAGGGCAAUGCACCUAAUGUCUGGCUCACAGACGCACCGGAAUUCAUUAUUCAGCCGCGGGACUACCAAGGUGAGGACUGCCUAAACCUCCACGUUUGGGCUCCCUUGGAUCGAUGUGAAGAACCAUUGCCAGUAGUGGUUUGGAUUCAUGGAGGAGGAUUCGUGACGGGUGGGCCCACGGUACCAUACCAGAAUCCUGCCCGAUGGGUAGAGAGGUCAGGGGAUCACAUCGUUGUCGGAAUCAAUUACCGUUUGAACAUCUUCGGUUUCCCCAAUGCCAAAGCGCUUGCGGAUGACGAACAGAACCUGGCCUUCUUAGACCAGCGCCUCGCUCUGGAAUGGAUUCGCGACAAUAUCGGUAAUUUCGGGGGUGAUCCAGACCGUAUUACUCUUUGGGGCCAGUCCGCAGGUGCCAUCUCCGUCGACUACUACAACUUUGCUUACCCAGAAGACCCUAUCGUUUCAGGCUUGAUCAUGAACUCCGGAUCAGCAUUCUUGUCGAUUGCUAGCGCUGAUACACAGCAAUCGAACUUCACAUUCGUCGCUCAGCACUUUGGCUGCAAUGAUGCCGACGCGGAUGCGGAAAUCGACUGUCUACGAAAAAUUGAAUCUAGUGACAUCGAGUUGUUCCUCAAAGGGUACUCCGACAAUGGCACGGCACCUGGGCUAAGCUUCGUCCCAAUAGUCGACGACCGUACGGUUUUCGCAAACUACACAGCACGUGCUCUUGCUGGUAACUUUACGCGUAAGCCGGCGAUUAUUGGUACAACGACCAACGAGGGUAUCGCAUUUCCGCCGUAUAAUCAAACAUAUGGUCCGGAUCAAGCGCAAGCAGACGCUACGACUGCUUCGUUAUUCCUGUGCCCUGUCACACAGACAACCCACGAUCGUAAUGCAGCCAAUACCACAACAUUCCGCUACCUUUACGGCGGAAACUUCAGCAAUAUCUCCCCGCAAUUCUGGGAGGGUGCAUACCACUCCUCUGAUCUUCCAUUGUACUUUGGCACCUAUGGUAUCGCGAGAGGUAACGGUACGGAUUUCGAGAGAGAAGUAAGCGAGCAGGCACAGGAUUACUAUCUUGCCUUCGCCAAGGAUUCGAUCAAUGGGCUACCAGAGUCGGGAUGGAAAUCGUACGCUUCGAGUGGUGAAGGGGUGUUGCUUGCAUACGAUGGAGAGGUUGUGCAAAGCAUCGACGCAAGCGUGUUGGAGAGGGCUUGUGAUGGGCUGACGCCCAAUGGCAAGCCGCUGCCGCCUUGA